AACUGCUUUUUGAACGGCUUACCGUUAGAUCAACGGGUCGAAUUUCCCGAGCGACCAAAUAUAGGUUAACGUUACGCCUUUGUUUACAUAAUUUUUCCCCAGGUAACAGAUGUUUACCACUGACCCGACAGGGCGUCCAGCGUCGCCCCGUCCGGAUUUGCAAAAAGCGGUUUGCGGAACUUGUGCUGCUUGCAAAGGACACCUAAACGAUUCUACAGAGCCAAAACUUCUACCCUGCCUCCAUACAGUCUGCAAUAUAUGCCUUACUAAGAUCUGCACAGAUGGAAGCUCACAAGACUGUCCUUCCUGUGCACAAUCCUUUGGAUUGUCUGAAGUCACAGAAUGUGCCAUUUUUGAAGACUUGUCUGAUAACAACAAGGCCCUCAAGUGUGGUGGGUGUGAGGUGAAUGAGGUCAGUGGAUGGUGUGUCCAGUGUGAGGAGGCCUUGUGUUUGGACUGUGUGACUGCACAUCACAGGGUUAAAGUGACCCGUGACCAUGAAGUCACACCCAAAAAACCACCCGCAGGCUGGAUUCAGAGAAGACGCUGUCCCUUACACUCUCAGGAAAGCUUGAGGUUCUUCUGUCUUGUUUGUGAAGAGCUCACUUGUAAAGACUGUCAGUUGAUCACUCAUAGAGGACACAGUUUUGUGCAUCAGGAGGAAGCUGUGGAAUCUCAGAAACAGCAACUGCACAGUUUGCUGGACUCUAUCAGACAUCAGAAAAGGACAAUCAGCAACAGCCUCCUGCUCCUAGAGGCAAGAUUACAGGACAUAGAGCAUGUGAAAAUGUUAACAAAGACGAUGUUGAUACAGAGCGUCCACAAGAUUUAUCGGAGCAUGGUUCUGAAAGCUUCUCAGAUCUUAAAGGGUAUACAGGCAGUGUAUGCAGAAGAGGUGAGAGUUUUGUUGGAGAGGAGGAGCUCUCUGAGCAGGUUGGAAGGCUGUCAAGACUACAUAGCAGAUUUUAUUGACAAGAUGCAAAGAACACAGGGCCACUGCCUCCUGGUUUACAAAAAAAGAAUUGAGACCCAGGUGAAGAUGCUUCUGUCCCGGGAAACAAGCGCCCCUGAGACCAUGAUUAAACUUCACAUUGAGUUUCAGAAAGAUCUCUGUCAGCACAUCUUGAAUUUCGGAUUUGUAAGAAUUACAAAGAGUUUUGUUCCAUUUACCUCAGAGAGGACUCAAAACAUUCAGUCAAAGCCUGUGUCUGUGGAAAGCUUAAAUCCAAAUUCUGUGGAAGGGGCCUCUAAUGUUGAUCAUGCUCUGGCUUCAUCAAAUGUUAAUGAACAGGUUCCAGGCGAUCCUGUUGCCUCUUCUCCAACUGUACCAAAUCACCAGAUCCUUCAAAGUAUACUUCAGCUAUCUCCGUCUAACCAGGCCACAACCCAACCACAACCUAACCACGGUACCUUGUUCCAACCCGACCUAUCUAAAGUACCUAUUUCAGACCCUCAGAGUUCAUGUUCUUCCUCACCGCCAUCUGUCCAAGCCCAGUCCCAUGAAGUCAUGUCUGGGCAAUCCAAGCAUGCUUACAGUCCUUCUGUUCAUUCUCAGCACCAUCUCCCAUCGAGUCAACAGAAUAAAAUAACAUAUAACUCCAAGACACCCAAGCGUAGGAAUACUUGGACUUUACACUAUUACUCUGGCAUGCCAAAUCAAACAAUACCAAGGAACAUCCAAACACCUGCACUAACACAUUCAAUACCAGCCAGCGAGAAAACAACAAUGAGAACUCUUUCAAAUCCAACCAACAACCAAAUACCUUCACCAGUUCAUCCAAUACUAGCCUACAAUCAAACAGCUAAAACAACUAUCCCAGUUUAUCCAAUACAAGGCAAUAACCAAAUACCUAUUACAAGCAACAACCAAACACCUAUACCAACUCAUCCAAUACCAGCCAGCAAUCAACCUUUAUUACUGCAGCAAAUACCACCCAACACCCAAACAACCCUAUUGACCCAUGCAGUUCUUGUCAAUGACCAAACACCCAUAGCACCUCAUAAAUUAACAGCCAAUGACCAAACACUGGUACAAACCCAACCAAUACUAGCUAAAAAACAAACAUCUGUACCAACCCAUGCAGUUCCAUUUCAUAACCAAAGAAAGCUGCUACCCCAGCCAAUAACUGACAACAACAAAUCACCGGUACUAACCCACCCAUUACCAAACAACAAUCAAACGCCUGUUUUAAUGCCACCAAUACAAGCCAACAACCAAGCAGCCACACUAACUCAUUCUGUACAGUUCAACAACCAAACACCUGUGCUAACCCACCCAGUUUCAAACAUACAGAGUGACGUUCAAACACUGAUAGUGGCCCAUCCAAUUCAAGCUGGUUUCUUGGGGGCAGUACAUAGUUUUGCUGCACAACCAAAUGUUCCUUUAACUAUUCUUUCAACUGUGAACACACUUCAGUUGAAUGAUGUUACUGCAGUAUCUAAUGUCCACUCUACCGGAACAUCCAAUGAUGGGAUGAAUCAUUGUCCCACCAAUUCAGCCUUAAAUGUCACCCCAAGUGGUUCUUCGCUACAUGCAAAACCAUUGUGUUCUGAUCCUAUUAGUGGAAGCAUUAGGACUAACAUCCCAGUUAAGGCCUUGGCUGACUCUGCCUGUGAUCAGGAAGCAGGAGUGAGCAGCACAAGUUUUUCUUAUACAGACCAUUCAGAGAGCAACUUGCCCACUUCCACCGUGUCAGAGACUGAUCCCAGAGAAUCUUCGCCACCUUCUCCAGACCUAUGCUUCGCUGUCAUGGACUCUCUUUCUACCACCACAAAGAAAUGUUUAAGACAAGAUAAAACUGGUCCGUCAACCACAGAGUGUGACUCUGGAUCAAAACACUGGAGUGCUGACAUGCCAACAACUUUUCGUCAGCUUGUAGAAACAAUAUGCACCCCUGUCAGCUCAAUAGACAGUCGGAAUGCCACAUUUCCAGUGGGUUUGACUCCUUGUAGGACUUCAGAGGAUAUUACGGGGAAGCAGAGGGCAUCACAUGACAAGGCUAUCCAAAAUAGUUUUGAUCACAGCGAAAGCGAAGAGAAUGAAAAAGAAUCUGCAGCAACGGUGAAACGCUUUAAAACUCAAUUGAAGGAAUUCAGGAGGUCUCUGUGUGUUUCUUUGGUGCGUCUGCCUGUCUCUCUGCCUCCACAUGGGCAUCCACUCCCGGAGUUUCACCUUACUACAGAUUCUUCCACAGACCACAUCUUAGUGCAGGAGUCUCAGGGAGGGGAGGUUAAGCAGGUGUGGCGAUGGCAUGAUGGUCCAGUAGCAUCCAGAGCCUCCUCCUGCUCUACAUCACAGAUGAGUGACAUCGACAGCUCUCCGGCGUCUGAUGUACAGUUCUGUGUCGUGUGCCAGUCUGCAGGAGCUGCACUUCUCUGUGCUAAAUGUGGAUCUGCCUUUCACUCUGACUGUCACAUCCCACCAAUCUUCACUAAACCUUGGGAGGAUUGGGUUUGUUUGCUGUGUCAGGAUGUCAGCGAGACUCUCGUGUUUGACUCUGGUGAGGAGAUGAAGACGACCGGUCUGAGUCUACAAGAUCAAAGAAGGUGUGAGAAGCUUCUCCUUGGCCUCCAGUGUGAUGAGAACAUGGGCCUGCUCUACAGCGUCACCAAAAAUCACUCAAAAACAGCUGAAUUUGAUAUAAUACUCGGCCGACUGCAGGGGAACAGGAAACCACCUUACAGGACGGCUGCUGAACUGGUGUCAGAUGUUUGGACUGUUUUUGACAUCUUAUUUAUACGUUCUGAGAAGAAACGUCUGGUUGUCGCACUUCAACAAUCUUUUCAGCAACGGCUGAACGAAUCUUUCGGGACAAGUCUUCACGCUUCUCUCCUGCAGCACUCCAGCAGCACAGAAGCAGGAGAAACAUCACUAACAGACCCUCAGAAACAGAAGCACAGAAACACUUUGAAACGCAUGAGAGAGUUUUUCACUACAAAAUGUGCUACAGCUGUAAAGAAAUCCUGCAAUGAGAAAGGGAAGGAGGACUCUACAGCUGCUGAACAUUGAAGGACAUUAUCAUUCAUUUUGAAAACCGACAGAACUACUGUUUUAAAGAGAAAAUUACCACUUUGUAUUUAUUGGUGUUGUUUAUUUAGCUUUGCCUUUACUCAAAUAAGAAUUAAACAGAUGUUUUAUUUCAUUUUAA